GGUUCAGUGUCGUUCUGUAGAAGAGAGGUACGUUCCGUUUGUUUCGAGCAGAAAUAUUGUUAUUUUUAUAUGAGAUAGUUCAAUUUUACAAUGAACGUGUCUCCACUCUUGCAAAUAUCACUGUCUGCCGUAAUCAUUCGCAGAAGUCUUAAUUGCUGGACAACUGGAAUAACGAAGAAGCAUAGAAAAUUUUACAUGAGAACUUACCCCACGCACCUCGUUUAUCCGGAUGGUAGCACUAUCAUUAUCGAAUAUCAUGAACCGAGGGAAAUAAUCAAGCUUCCUUUAGAUAUUGAAACACUUACAAAAGAAGAACGUCUACAAAGGCUAGCGGCUCGUAAGACGUUAAGCAAAGUGGUUGUCGAGAAGGAGGAGGACCUUGAAUUCGACGAAAACAAGUAUUUUAAGAAAAAAUUGUAAUGUCCAUCGUGAUCUUAUAGUCAUCCAUCAUUUAUGAAAGGAAACCUUUCGUUUUGUACAUUUGUUAAAAGAAGAUCUUUGUAUUGUGUUUCGUACUGAAUCAUGAAAGAUGUGAGGACACCUGUAAAAUAUGUAAUUAAUCAUCCAUAUGACUUCAUCAUAACUUUAUCGCGAUUAGAACAUCAUCGAUAGAACAAAGAACAUCGCCAACUGUAAGCUGAAAUGCUUCUUAAUAAAAGUAUAGCUAUAUUGUUUUUUAAACACUAUGGAAUUCUAUUUAUCUGAACGCUAUCAUAGGAGUGUAUACAGCUCCGACAGCUAUGGUCGAUGACACUUGACCCAGCUGACACAAGUAGUGUCAGCAGUCUAAGAUAAAAGCUAAAUGGAAUUUUACCGCGUUACACAUUGUUAUUAAAUCCUCUAAAAGUAUAUAUAUAAAUUUAUUGACUUGUUCUGAGCUUGUUGCCGGGAAACAUUUAUUUGUACAUUAGCGUGUGCAAAUCGAGAGAUAAUUUCAGUUCUUUCAAUCCAUGUCAGAGGUCAAGAACAAUUAAUUACAGAUCAUGUAAAGCCGCUGAUCACGAGAAUUGUUAACGCGAUUGUCAAUGGCAAAAGUGAAAGCAAAUGAUUGCGGUCUCCCUUGUGUCGCAUGUGCCUGCCACCGCACCAUACGCGCACGUUUUCAUUACCAUUGCGCGAUCCGAGGGGCACGAUGGCGCUCCACAAAAAAUUAUGAGCCGCGAGAUACAUCUUUUAUUUUCUCUUCGAUAAUCACGAAUGAACUUUCUCCGACGGCAUCCGUCUCUUCUUCUUAACACUAUCUUCGUCAAAGGGGUCAUCGGACAGCUUUUAAAAUUUUAAUACCAUUCCUACCAUCGGGGUGGUAAGUCACUUUUUUACAAUUUUUAGUUAACAGCAUUUUUACCAAAGUUCUCGAAAGGUAUUUUCGAUGAAUUAAAGAUGACAUUAUUUUGAUUGUACGGGUCGAACGAUGCUUUUUACAAGUUUAAUAUGACGCUGCUUUUACUGACGGGGUCAAAAAACACGUUUAAAAAUUUUAAUUUAACGUUAGUUUUAUCAAAGAAGCCAAAGUGGACCUAUUGGUUUAAUUGAACACUAUUUUUAUAUUUUGUUUUUCUUUCCAUCAAAUGUUUCCCAUCACAAAUGGUCUGAUCAGUGUAAACUUUAUAGUAUGAAGGAAGAACUCACAAUAUGAAGGACAAAGUAACUUUUCGUUUUAGACAUUUAAUUGCAACAGCAACCGCAUUGGACGAGGAAGAUAGGAGUAUAAAGAAGAGAAGGGAAAGGAAUUGUAGCGUUCAGCCAAUUUGGAGAAACCAAAAAUCGAAGGAGAAUUUCUCUUAAGUAAACAAUUAAUCGACUACAGUUCAAAAUUGUAUUUACACCUUCGAAUAUCAAAAGGUUCAUUCAACAUUCAUAAACGUUGCAUAAAAUUGCAAAAAUUCAGCCGAUAGUUACGAAAGAAAGUCAAUAUUAUCGACGGAACGUUUAUAUUAAAAUUAAUGCAAUUGCCAAAAGUUAACACCGCAAUGGUAAUGACGACAGUACGGAGGUCAGAAAAGAAAGAAACGAACUCGUACAGAAAUCGUUUAAUGUACUUGCUGUGUAUUAAACUUACGUCAGAACACA